CUUCAUUCAGCGAACGAUGUGUGGUGUAGCUGUUUUUAAUCGGUAUCGGUGAUUUUACGUUCUCGAUGAUGAUGAUGUUCGAUUUUAUGGGACUAUGCUGAUGUAAACAAAAACCAGAAUGAACGAUGCAUAUGCAUUUCCGAUGACAGUGUGGACAAUUGCCUGUAUAAAUACAAGUAAAUCUAGAAUUGUUAAUUUUGUUUGUAAAAAGCGAAAGUAAUCCUAAUCUCGGAAUGAAGAUGGAUGUAAAAUUAAAUAUAUUGACACUAAAUUGUUGGGGAAUUGUGGGCAUUAGUAGACACAGAAAACAAAGAAUGGAGGCUAUAGCAACUCAUAUUGCAUCUUCUAAUUAUGAUUUUGUAUUCUUACAAGAGAUAUGGAGUCAAGAUGAUUACCAGAUGAUUUGUAAAAAAUCUGCAGAUGUAUUACCCUUCUCUUACUAUUUUCAUAGUGGAGUGCUUGGCAGUGGAGUCUGUAUCCUCUCCAAGAGCUGCAUUGUGGAUGCAGCACAGUCUCAAUAUUCCCUAAAUGGUUAUGCUCACAAAAUUCUUCAUGGUGACUGGUAUGGAGGAAAAGUGGUUGGACUCUGCAAAGUCAUCCAUCAUGGAUUAAAAAUUAACUUAUAUGUGACUCAUUUACAUGCUGAGUACAACACAUUCCAUGAUCAGUACCUGCCUCAUAGGGUGGCACAAGCAUUUGAAUUUAGCCAAUUUGUUCAGCUCACCUCUGAGACUGCAGACCUGAGUAUAGUCGCAGGAGACUUCAAUACUGAACCAACGGAUUUGCCAUACCGAGUCAUUGUUCACAAUGCUGGCUGCCUUGAUGCUUACCUCGCUCAAAAGGAUCCUUUUGUUUCAGGGGAUGAAUCUAUCAAGACUACAUGUGGCCAUCCAGAUAAUCUUUACACAAGUCGCAAAGAGCUCAAUGAAUGUCCAACUGGGAAGAGAAUUGAUUACAUCCUCUACAAAUGUGGGGCUGGUACCCAUGUUGAAUGUCUUUCUUGUAAUACAACUUUGGGCAAGAUUCCUGAUUCUUCCAUUCCUUAUUCUGAUCAUGAAGCUGUUAUUGCUACAUUACAUGUUUUCAAAUCUCUAGAGGCACCAAGAAUGCCGGAAAAUCCCAAAGCUCGAUUAGAGGCCAUCGAUAGCAGCCACAUUAUUUUGCGGAAAAACAUGAAGCAACUGCAAAACAGUCGACUACUAUUCUUCAUGAUCAGCUUCUUGUUGAUGGCACUGCUUGCUGUCACUGCACUGAUCGAUAACAUUGGAUUUUUUGAAAUAUUUAUCAUUUUCUUCCAAUUUGUGGCAACAUUUGCACUUGCUUUCUGCCUCUGGAUGGCACUGAUAGUGAACAAGAUAGAGCAGAGUGCUCUUAUGUCGGCAUGCAAAGCGAUGGAAGUUUUGACAAAUGCUUUAAUGAAUGAAUACAACAUGAAACUCUCUACAACAUUUCUUCCUUCAGCUCCACCCCAAGAAGUUAUUCUGUAAGUGUUUGUGUCAUUUGUUAUGAAAUUACCUCCUUUUUUAAUUGUAUUUAUUUCAUAAUCAGGAUGAUUAUUACUCACUAUGUAUAUAUAUGUUGUAUAUGCAUACUUAUGCAUAACUUUAGUUGUAGUAGUUAUUUUGAUUAUCUGAAAUUUAACCAAUCAUAUCAAAAAUAUCAUUGUAUUAAUAUAUAAAUUAUUAUUUUUUUCCGUCCUAUUUGUAAACCCUGAAAACGUUAUAAGCUGCUGUCAUUCAGAGACUUAGUUUUCAAAAGCAGGUUUGCAUAAAAUGGAUGCUGAUAAACAAUCUGUUCCGAAAAAAAAUCUAAAUAAAAGAUGAAUUUUUUAAAAAAAAAUGCUUUUUUUUUUACUAUGUGCAGAAAAAGAGUGAUUUAUGUUCUUUAUUUUAUUAUAUGUUCUGUUUUGAAAGCUUUAACCAAAUUACUGAAUUAAAAGAAAAAAAUUUGAAAUAUUUGCUAAAAGAGGUAUCUGAAACACUGACGUCUAGCAAUGCACCUGCAUCUUUCGUGCUAACAAUGUGCAUUAAAUAUUUUUAUCAAGCAAUCUAAUACAAUGAAACUAAAUUAUAUAUUUUUGUUCUUUAUUUUAUUGUAUGUUCUGUUUUGAAAGCUUUAAAUAAAAUUACUGAAUAAAAAUAAAUAAAAUUACUGAAUAAAAAAAAAAUUUGAAAUAUUUGCUAACAGAGGUAUCUGAAGCACUGAGAUCUAGCAAUGUACCUUCAUCUUUUGUGCUAACAAUGUGCAUUAAAUAUUCUUAUUAAGCAAUCUAAUACAAUGAAACUAAAUUAAAUAUUUUUGUUCUUUAUUUUAUUGUAUGUUCUGUUUUGAAAGUUUUAAAUAAAAUUACUGAAUAAAAAUAAAUAAAAUUACUGAAUAAAAAUAAAUAAAAUUACUGAAUAAAAAAAAAUUUGAAAUAUUUGCUAAAAGAGGCACCUGAAACACUGACUUCUAGCAAUGUACCUUCAUCUUUUGUGCUAACAAUGUGCAUUAAAUAUUCUUAUCGAGCAAUCUAAUACAAUGAAACUAAAUUAAAUUUUAAUAUAGUGUUUUUUAAUAAUGAAAAUAUUUUAUCUAAUUCAGGCUUCUAAUUUUUCUGUUUAUUUAUAUCUAAUUUAUUUUAUUGAAUGAACUGUAGAAAAUAUUCUUAGAGUUAAUUUAUAUCUUUUGAUAAUUUAGUACAAAAAAAAUAAUAUUUAAAUUGAAGCAAUGUAUUUACAUGUAAAGCAAAGAUCUAAAGUUUUUUGUUAAAUCUUUUUUUAGUGUUAAGUAAUAAGCUCAAAUAUUGCUCACAAAGCCAUUGAUCAAAGAUAUUGCUUUGUAUUAUGCAUGCUCACAUCAAUCAGUGUGUAAGAAAAGUAAUUUUUUAUCCCUGAACGUUAUAUAUAUAUAAAUUUUAAAAUCCAUAAUGAAAUCAUUAUGCUUUCAGUGUUAAAAUGUUUAAAAUCAAAAUAUUGAAUGUUCUAUAUGUAAGUUAUAUUGUAAACUCUUUUCAUGGAUGAAAUACUUUCUUAAUCUUUCAUUGUUAAACUGAAUAAAUAUUAUAAAUUAGUUUAUUUAUGAACGUUUGAUUUUUUUUUCCCGGUGUUAAUCUGAUAAAAUUUUCUGACAAUUCAGGAGUCACAGAAUCUAUUUUAGUUGUACUGUCAAUAUCUUUUGUUUAAUUAUUUCUUUUUAUUUAUUUAAUUUUUAAUUAAAAUUAAUUUACUGCCAUUACUGUCCUAAUACCUAUUUUUAUGCUUAAAUCAGUUUUGCAAUUAGUUAGUUUAGUCUCUUAAUUAAAUCUUGAUUUCAUGCUAAUUUUUCAUCAUUCCUUUGAAUGCUAUUUGGGAAUUACUGUUUGGGGAUGGUUAAAAUUAUUUCAUUUUUAAGAAAAUGAAAAGACACUAGCAUUUCAAGGUAUAGAUGAAAAAUACCAGUCUAUAAAUAUAAACCUAGUCAAAUUUUUACUGUUUUCGAAAGUUCUAUUUUUGUAUUGAUAUUUGUACUCUUUUUACGAAAUUUAUUAUUCAACUGUGUUUUUCUGUAAAUGUUACCUGUCACUUAUUUUCUAUCUCUGUUAUACAAUAGGUCUUUUGAUGUCAAACUGUAUAUUUAGGACAAUUUCGUGAUUUUUGUUGCUUAGUAUAAAAAAAAAAUUAUUCCAGAAGUAAAUAUUUUGAAAGAUUUUAAUUAGUUUAAUAAAAAUUUGUUGAAAACUA